CCCACCCCUCCUCCAUCUCCUCGUGCCCACCCCUCCUCCUCCCACCUUCGCCCCCAAAUCCUCUGGCAACACCGACGCGCAACGGCGCCGCCCUCCUGCGCCCACUCUGUCCACCACCCAGGGAACCUCCCCUGGCGAUGGAUCUGGCCCUGCUGUGCCCCUCCUUCACCGUGCUGGAUCCGCCGCCAGCCAACGGAUCCCGUCCGCUCUCGGCCAUCCUGCCGUCAGAGCUUCACCAUGUCGCGGGGGUGCGCGGCAGCACGACCACUGUCUAUCGGCGGCGACCCGUCCCCGAGCCCCCCUGCCCCCCUGUGGUCACCCUCUUCCUCUCGGGGUUGCCGCUCCUUCAUGCCGGCCAGGGCGAGGUGUUGUCCCGACAUGGUGGGCGCCAAGGCUUCGCCUCCUCCGGAUCCGGCGGCCAUGGCCUCUGCCGUCUCAUCUGCUGCUUCCCGCGAUUGUACCUCACGAAGAAGAUGGCGACUGUGGUGGCGACGCCUCGCGCCCCAAGGAGGAGUAGGGGCAGCAGCGCUGGGGCGAAGGUUGGUGGCAGGAAGGACGGGCCCAAGUGCAGGGUGGUGCUGCCCAACAUUGUCACCGCCGGCCGCUUCGUCCACAUCGCCAGUGCUUUUGAUAGGUGACCUGCAGUUCGCCCCCUCCCCUCGGCGGCCCAGCGGCCACCACAAGCCGGCGACGCUGCAGUUCAUUUUGGGUUGAUGUUGAAUUGAUCGGCGCUGAAGGCCCGUGCAGUCUGGUGUGGCACAAGCAUUCAGUAUGGGCGGCGGCGAGGUAGCUCAUGUAGUUCCUGUACGCGGUGCGUGCGGUUUGUUUGCACCCCAUGUGCACGAUGCAUGCAGGUCGUGUGUGUCGACGUUCAGUUCGCCGGGAAACUACAGAAGAAAAAAGAUCAUUUUUUAAAUUCAUUUUCUUCUUGAAUGUGUUAGAGAGAAAAUGUAAGAAAUUAUAAAAAAAAUGCAGUCCGUUGGUGCACUGCU